AUGGCUUCGAACCCCUUCGCCAUCGACGUCCUGAAAGGGCCUACCAGCACCCGUGCCACCAAAGACCUUGAGGCGGAAUUUGCGCGGCGAUCAAUGAUGCUGAUUCGGCGCUUGCUAGGCGAAGACGGCCUGAUCGAGCUUCUUCGUGAGGAAACGGCAGCUAGUACCGAAUGGUGGAAACAAGCAUGUCUCAGAUCGAACGGAGAAUGGGCACCAGCUCGCAUCGCUCUUUCUGUACGAGGAGUCCUUUCAAAGGAUUUUAUUCAAUGGUUCAUUCCCGCAGAAGGUGGCAUGCUUCCUGAGCCUGAGAAGCUUGCCGCUCACCCCGAGCAUUGGGUUGUUCGCCCUUCGCAAGGCUCUAAAUCAAUGACUGUGUUGGAGACACUUGGUGAAAAGCCAACCUUGUUUACGCUGGCUUUUGAUGUGGAAGCUGCCGAUUUUGUUCAGGAUGAGCCGACCUUCACUACGAAGAUGACUGGUCGAGGCUAUCUCGAAGAUGGUUCUCAGAUUAUGGAGCUAUACCACCAGUUCAGGGACCAUGAGGACAGUCAAGGAUUUGACGUUGAUUUGGCGAUAUAUUUCCCUACCGGGGCUGGAGAAGACGUCGUUGAGUGUCAUCGUCAGCAUCUGCUAGUGGAGUUUAGCAACUGGUCCAAGCAGGCGUUUGAGGCGAUUUCAGCACAGUGA